AUGGAAAGCAAAGAUGCAUGGCUAGAUGUCUAUGGAAUGAAUCAAGACGAAUAUGAUCGAAAAUUCCGCUGUAAAUCACAAUCUUCAAUACAACGACGAGUAAAAGACUUUAUUCAUCGACUGCUAUUACCAUUUUUAAGUCUAUCUAAUUUUUGGCGGCUGUUCACAAGUUUUGUGCCUAUUUUCCGUUGGCUACCGGACUAUAAAUGGAAGGAAGAUCUCCUUUACGAUACUGUUGGCGGCUUGACUACUGGUAUCUCCCAUAUACUCCAGGGAUUAGCAUUUGCAGUAGUGAUAGGAGUUGACCCAAUAUACGGCUUGUAUGCCUCACUUUUCCCAGUCAUCUUUUAUAUGCUUUUUGGAACCUCAAGGCAUGUAUCAAUUGGAGCAUUCGCCGUGACAGCAAUAAUGUCUGGUGUGGCAGUGGAUAAGAUUGCAACGCAGUAUUCACAACUCAAUGCUACUCUGUUUGAUAAUUAUACUUUACCUUCUGCGAGCAAUAUAGAAAUUGCUACUGCACUUACCUUUACUACAGGUGUCAUUGAGACAAUCGCUGGCAUACUUCAACUUGAGUUUAUCACAACUUAUUUCUCUGAUCAAUUGGUAUCUGGUUUCACUACGGGUUCUGCUGUGCAUGUUGUUGUCGGUCAACUAGAUACUUUUCUUGGUAUAAGAGUACCCAAGUUUUAUGGACUAGGUUAUGUUUUCAAGAGACUUUAUCACAUUAUAAUCCGCAUUCCGCAGACAAAUCUCUACACACUGGGGUUAUCGAUUUUUAGCACGAUAUUUUUAUAUUUUGGCAAAAAAUGUGUAACACCAUUUAUGGAGAAAGUGUUACCAUUCGACACACCAAUACCUCAUGAAUUACUUGUGGCAACAGUUGUUGGUGAAAUUCCUGCUAUACUUUUAUACUUUAGUCUUCCUGAACCGCAACUGCCACGCUUCGAUUUGGUCGGUAUAUGUUUUCCAUAUGCAAUGGGCAUUGCUGCUGUAGUCAUCGCUGUACAUAUUUCCAUGGCUAAGAUGCUAGCUAAACAAAAGCAUUAUUCCAUAGAUUCUGAACAAGAAUUAUAUGCGCUAGGUUUUUCAACCGUUCUCGGUAGCUUUUUUCCCAUUUACCCAGUGGCUACCUCUCUGGGACGUACUAUGGUCAAUGUAGAAAGUGGGUCAAGGACUCAGUUUGCUUCCGUUCCAAGUUGUUUGUUAAUAGUAGCAGUUAUUCUCUGGGUCGGACCACUGCUCAAUGCUUUGCCAAUGUGCAUACUGGCUGUCAUUCUUCUCAUGUCACUUCGCACCAUGUUCUAUAGAUUUGCCGAAUUACCAAAAAUUUGGCCAGUAUCGAAGAUUGAUUUUCUUAUUUGGGUUGUCUCAUUUGUUGCGACCGUUGCUGCAGAUGUCAUGGACGGUUUGGUUAUUGCAGUCAUUUUCGCAAUGUUAACGUUGUUGUUCCGUUCUCAGUGGCCACGUUGGCGAAGAUUAGGGCAAUUGUCGCCACAUCAUCCUUAUUUUGAUAAUCCAAAAAGAUAUGCUGCAGCCACAUCUAAUCCAAAUUUUUGUAUUUAUCGCUUUGAAUGUCCGCUAUUAUUUAAUAAUGUAGGACGUUUCAAAACAAGUAUUCACGAUGCCUUAUUGGAGUGGCAGAAAGAAACGAGCAUUCUAGCCAAUAUGAUCAUUACUGUAUUGGUUACAAAUUCUUAA